CUUUAGAAAGAGAAGUGUAGAGAGUGAGAGAUGGAUAAGUGAGAUAUAUAAGCGGACGAACAUUGUAAUUAAAGACCGAGGGAGUGAGAGAGAGACAGCUGUUCUUUGCUCUCUUCUCAUGCUCAAGUCAAAUUGAUUCAAUUCGUCUCCAACACUGCAACAUCUGGUGGAAUUACUUCGUAUUUCUCUCCUCUUGUGGUUUUUUUUUCGAGAUCUGUGUGAGAUUUUGAUCGUUUGGGCUUCAAUUCAUUUAUAAUUGCGGAGACAAUAGAUUGUUUGGGGACGGAAAUUGCGAGAAAGAUCAGAUCUUGAGGUUUCACUCGCAGAUCUGGACUGUAAUCUGAGCAAAUUUUACUGAAAGAGUUCUUUGAAGUGGUGGACUAUAGAAAGCUCUUUCUAUUGCUUUUCUUGCGUCUGGAGGGGUGUGAAGCUUUAGGCAUGUUCAUUAUCUAUAUGUCUCGCUGAGAUUGAAGCCUAAUUGCAAUCCGCUGUUCACAUCUAAGCAAAGAGAAGCUGACGAUGGAAUCAGAAGGAGAAACUGGGGGGAAGUCCUUAAAGAGCCCAGGUGGUCAGGUCUGCCAGAUCUGUGGUGAUAAUGUUGGUAAAACUGUGGGUGGGGAACCUUUCAUUGCUUGCGAUGUCUGUGCAUUUCCUGUUUGCAGGCCUUGCUAUGAGUAUGAGCGGAAGGAUGGGAAUCAGUCUUGCCCUCAAUGCAAAACCAAAUACAAGAGGCAUAAAGGAAGUCCUCCUAUUCAUGGUGAUGGAGAGGAUGGUGAUGCUGAUGACAUUGGCAGUGGAUUUCCAUACUCUUCUGAAAACCAAAAUGAGAAGCAGAAGGUUGCAGAGCGCAUGUUAAGCUGGCAUAUGACAUAUGGACGAGGGGAGGACAUCGGGGCUCCAAACUAUGAUAAAGAGGUUUCCCACAACCACAUCCCUUUGCUCACCAGUGGACGUGAGGUUUCUGGAGAGUUUUCUGCAGCAUCACCUGAAAGGCUUUCUAUGGCAUCUCCUGGACCUGGUGGUGGAGGGAAGCGCGUGCAUCCGCUUCCUUAUGGAGCGGAUGUGAAUCAAUCACCUAAUAUUAGGGUUGUCGAUCCAGCGAGGGAGUUUGGUUCCUCUGGAUUAGGCAAUGUAGCCUGGAAAGAGAGAGUUGAUGGCUGGAAGAUGAAGCAAGAUAAGUAUGUUGUUCCAAUGACCACAAGCCAUGCUGCUUCUGAAGGCAGGGGUGGUGGAGAUAUUGAUGCCAGUACAGAUGUGUUGGUGGACGACUCUUUACUGAAUGAUGAAGCGAGGCAGCCUCUUUCAAGGAAGGUUUCUAUUCCAUCAUCUAGGAUAAACCCUUACAGGAUGGUUAUAGUCCUGCGGCUCAUUAUUCUCUGUAUUUUCUUGCACUACCGGAUAACAAACCCUGUAACCAAUGCUUACCCUUUAUGGUUGCUAUCUGUGAUAUGUGAGAUCUGGUUUGCAAUAUCUUGGAUAUUGGAUCAAUUCCCUAAAUGGCUUCCAGUAAACCGUGAAACAUAUCUGGACAGGCUUUCACUUAGAUAUGACCGAGAAGGAGAGCCAUCACAAUUAGCAGCUGUUGACAUUUUCGUCAGUACUGUUGAUCCUUUGAAGGAGCCCCCUCUUGUUACAGCCAAUACUGUCUUGUCCAUUCUUGCAGUUGACUACCCAGUUGACAAGGUCUCAUGUUACGUCUCUGAUGAUGGAUCUGCUAUGUUGACGUUUGAAGCUCUAUCUGAAACAUCAGAAUUUGCAAGGAAAUGGGUUCCUUUCUGCAAGAAGUAUAGCAUUGAGCCACGGGCUCCAGAAUGGUACUUUGCUCAGAAGAUUGACUACUUAAAAGAUAAAGUUCAACCAUCAUUUGUAAAAGAUCGUAGAGCUAUGAAGAGAGAAUAUGAAGAAUUUAAAGUUCGCAUUAAUGGACUUGUCGCAAAGGCCCAGAAAGUUCCUGAGGAAGGAUGGGUCAUGCAAGAUGGUACACCAUGGCCUGGAAACAACACAAGGGAUCAUCCAGGAAUGAUCCAGGUUUUCUUAGGCCAAAGUGGUGGGCUUGACAGUGAGGGUAAUGAGCUGCCACGGUUGGUCUAUGUAUCUCGUGAGAAGCGUCCAGGCUUCCAACACCACAAGAAAGCUGGUGCUAUGAAUGCACUUGUUCGAGUAUCUGCAGUCCUUACUAAUGGACCCUUUUUAUUAAAUCUUGAUUGUGAUCACUACAUAAACAACAGCAAGGCAUUGAGAGAAGCUAUGUGUUUUAUGAUGGAUCCAAACCUUGGAAAAUAUGUCUGUUAUGUUCAGUUUCCACAGAGAUUUGAUGGUAUUGAUAGGAAUGAUCGAUAUGCCAACCGUAACACAGUCUUCUUUGAUAUAAACUUGAGAGGUCUGGAUGGCAUUCAGGGUCCUGUUUAUGUGGGAACUGGAUGUGUCUUCAAUAGAACAGCUUUAUAUGGUUAUGAGCCUCCUCUCAAACCUAAGCACAAAAAACCAGGACUGCUGUCAUCCUGCUGUGGUGGAUCACGGAAGAGAAGUUCUAAAUCAAGUAAGAAGGGCUCUGACAAAAAGAAAUCUAGCAAGAAUGUAGACCCCACUGUGCCCAUUUUUAAUCUAGAGGAUAUAGAGGAGGGGGUUGAAGGUGCUGGGUUUGAUGACGAGAAGACACUGCUCAUGUCACAAAUGAGCCUUGAGAAAAGAUUUGGUCAGUCUGCUGUUUUUGUUGCAUCCACACUGAUGGAGAAUGGUGGUGUUCCUCAGUCUGCAACUCCAGAGACUCUUCUUAAAGAGGCUAUACAUGUUAUCAGUUGUGGGUAUGAGGAUAAAUCGGAAUGGGGAAGUGAGAUCGGAUGGAUCUAUGGUUCUGUUACAGAAGAUAUUCUUACAGGAUUCAAGAUGCAUGCUCGUGGUUGGCGAUCAAUUUACUGCAUGCCCCAGCGCCCAGCCUUUAAAGGGUCCGCUCCUAUUAAUCUUUCAGAUCGUUUAAACCAAGUGCUCCGAUGGGCUUUGGGGUCUGUGGAAAUUCUUCUCAGUCGGCACUGCCCCAUAUGGUAUGGCUAUGGUGGAAGGCUAAAAUGGCUCGAGAGAUUUGCAUAUAUAAACACAACUAUUUACCCAGUCACUGCAAUUCCUCUUCUUCUGUAUUGUACUUUGCCAGCUGUCUGUUUACUCACUGGAAAGUUCAUUAUUCCACAGAUUAGUAACUUCGCAAGUAUCUGGUUCAUAUCCCUCUUUCUUUCCAUCUUUGCCACUGGUAUAUUGGAGAUGAGGUGGAGUGGUGUUGGAAUAGAUGAAUGGUGGAGGAAUGAACAGUUUUGGGUUAUUGGUGGUGUUUCAGCCCAUCUAUUUGCUGUUUUCCAAGGUCUGCUGAAAGUGCUUGCUGGCAUUGACACCAAUUUCACUGUCACCUCCAAGGCAUCAGAUGAAGACGGGGAUUUUGCUGAACUCUACCUGUUUAAAUGGACAACUCUUCUGAUCCCACCCACAACUCUCCUCAUUGUAAACUUGGUAGGUGUUGUUGCAGGCAUUUCCUAUGCCAUCAAUAGCGGUUACCAGUCAUGGGGUCCGCUCUUUGGCAAGCUAUUCUUUGCCUUUUGGGUGAUUGUUCAUCUCUAUCCCUUCCUCAAGGGGCUGAUGGGGCGCCAGAAUAGGACACCCACCAUUGUUGUUGUCUGGUCCAUUCUCCUUGCUUCCAUUUUCUCUUUGUUAUGGGUACGGGUUGAUCCAUUUACCACCAGAGUAACUGGCCCAGAUGUUGAGCAGUGUGGUAUUAACUGUUAAGGCAGAAGAGAGCUGAGAAUCUGCAAACUCAAUCCAAGUAUUCUCCUGACCGAACAAAGCUUGCUAGGUUGGAGUCGUGGAAUUCUGUCAUGUUUGUGCUAUACUCAUCCGACUGUGAACUUGUUUUGUAUGUGAAGUUAAUUAUUUUGUGGAGCAGAUAGGAAUUAAAAUUCAUUUUGUUGUUCCGUCAGUCCGUGAGUAAUUUAUCACGGAACUCACGUUGUCAAUCGAAUGUCCUUUUUUGUCUAAAUACUUUGAUAGGGAGAACCGGGUGCGAUCGUUCUUUGCUUGUUUAUUUUCCCUCUCAAUACUGGAAGCAUUGUAGCAUAUAUAUUUUCACUGUUAUACAAUUUGAAGUUCUUAUUCAUUCAAGCGAAGUUUUAGUAUCA